UAGUACGUGAAAUGUUAAAGUGUGGAUACUCAACGAUCCGCAAUUUGUCACAUUAACAGACUGUUCGCGUCGUGGGAGUCGUUGGCUAAAACAAUAACAACAAAAAAAAUAAUCGAAAUAUCAUCAAAACUAAAUACGAAUACGACAAAACGAGAAAUGCGAUUAAAAACCAAAACAACACUUUGGUAGCAUUUAACAGCAGUUGGAUUUGUCAGUACAUUAUCAGCUAUUCAUUCAACUUCAACAAAUUUAAAAACUUCUCUCCUCAAUACAAAAAAAAAACUUUUUUGUAAACGUUCAAACUAAAUGAUCAAGUGGAUUUUUUAACGCAUGCACUUGCCAAAAACCCGAAUAUAAACAAAUUGAACAUAAAUUGUUUUUGCCAAAAUAAACCAGAAAAUUUGGCAAAGAAAAAAGUCUCCAUUUAAUACAAGCAAUCAAGUGAUAAACAAAAUGUAUUUGCGAGUACAAAUUCUGUGUAGAAAUAUCUAUUCUUUGCCAUAAAAAAAUAAACUAAAACUAAAUAUUUCUUAGUGCAAAAUCAAACAUAAGUUAAACAACACGUUUCUUGAAAAAUAAAAUUAGUGGCAUUUACCAGUAUGAAUCCAUGAAGAAAAACUUGAAUAGACUUAAACGCUUUGCAAACAAAUUAAACAAAUCAUUUAACAAUUUGCAUUAAAACCCGUUGGCCAGACAAAUAAACUUUAUACCGGAAAACUAUAAUCAUUUUGGAAAUAUUAAAAAUCUUAUAAGAAAAAAUAAUUAUUAAUCAAAUUAAAAUACAAAGUAAUAACGGCAAAAUGAAAAGUCCCCUAUUCAAAUGUUUGUGCGCCAAAAGCCCCAAGGAAAAAGUAAAACUAUUGGAAAAUCUAUGCUGCCUUUUAAGUGAAUUCCUUGGCACCGGCAUGCUGAUGUUUCUGGGCUGUAUGGGCUGCAUAGAAUCGGAUGCUUUUGAAAGCAGCAGUUUGCUUAGAUCUUUAAAUUUCGGUAUGAUUGUCCUUAUUAUUAUACAAUGCUUCGGCUGCUGUUCGGGAGCUCAUUUAAAUCCUGCCGUUACUUUGGCUUCAUACAUCUAUGACAUGAUCUCCUUGCCCAUGGUAGUCGGCUAUAUAGUGGUUCAGAUCUUGGGCGCCAUUUGUGGUUAUGGUUUGCUUAAGGUAUUUUUACCUAUGGAUCUAAUACAGGUGCCGGGUAAAAGUACCGCUUUAUGCUUGACCUCCGUACAUGCAAAUAUUGCUACAUGGCAGGCUGUGGGCAUUGAAAUGUGUAUUACUGCCACCCUAAUGUGGGUAUGCUGCGGUGUUUGGGAUUCACGUAAUAAAAUGUUUCAGGAUUCGGUACCCAUUCGCUUUGGCAUGACAGUGGCUGCUUUGUCGAUGACAGCGGGUCCUCUUACCGGUGCCAGUAUGAAUCCUGCUCGUUCAUUGGCUCCAGCCAUUUGGAACAAUCAGAUGCAAGAUCAAUGGAUCUAUUGGGUGGGGCCGCUAUUGUCCAGCAUUAUUGCUACCAAUUUCUAUAAGUACGUAUUUAAAAGUCAAGACUGUGAGGAGGAAAAGCCUAAUACGAAAGUUAAUGUAGCCCAAAUAUCUUGCCCGUAAUUUGUAAGGCUUUCAAUAAUAUUUUACGUUAUAAAUCAUGUGUGUAUAUAUUUAACCAUAUUUUUAAAGAUGUAUUUUAUUAGUUCUUAAAUCUCAUUUAUAAUUGUAAUUAAAGUAUUUCAUUUCAAAAAAAAAAACAAUUCCUCUGUUACCACUUUGUCUUACAUUUAGCUAAUUAAGUUCAUAAGCUGGUUAAUAAAUUAAGUAGUUAAGGUACCUAAAUAUGUAUAAAAAAUCCUCAAAAACAAUUUAAUAAAAAAAAAAAAUAAAAAAAUGCUGGGCAUGUUUAUUGUAUCAUGUUGAUAACAUGAAAUUUUA